GCGUUUUCGUUGGAAUUUUUCCUUUUUUAAAAAAUUGCUGUUGUUAUUUUUUUUUUAAAUUUAAAAUUUGCUUUCAACUCGCUUUGAUCCGGUGUGAGUUCAUCUUCUCAGAAAAAAAAAUCUCUGGCUGGCGAUUUUCUUUCUUUUUUUUUUCCCUUCCCCUCCCCCUUAAUUUUUUUUUUUCUGACGGGAGAGGAGAUUUUCCCCCAAAAAAGGCUGUUUUCAUGUUUGGGAUCCAGGAAAGCAUCCAAAGGAGUGGAAGCAGUAUGAAGGAAGAACCGCUAGGCAGUGGAAUGAACGCUGUGCGGACGUGGAUGCAGGGAGCCGGGGUCCUGGAUGCAAACACAGCCGCUCAGAGUGGGGUGGGGCUGGCCCGGGCUCACUUUGAGAAGCAGCCGCCCUCCAAUCUGAGGAAAUCCAACUUCUUCCACUUUGUCCUGGCCCUCUAUGACAGACAGGGGCAACCCGUGGAGAUCGAGAGAACCGCCUUUGUGGGGUUCGUGGAGAAGGAAAAAGAAGCCAACAGCGAAAAGACCAAUAAUGGGAUCCAUUACCGACUCCAGCUCCUCUACAGCAACGGUAUAAGAACAGAGCAGGAUUUCUACGUCCGCCUUAUAGACUCCAUGACUAAACAGGCCAUCGUAUAUGAAGGCCAAGACAAGAACCCAGAAAUGUGCAGAGUAUUACUCACACAUGAAAUCAUGUGCAGCCGCUGUUGUGACAAGAAAAGCUGUGGCAACCGAAAUGAAACUCCCUCAGAUCCAGUGAUAAUUGACAGGUUCUUCUUGAAAUUUUUCCUCAAAUGUAACCAAAAUUGCCUAAAAAAUGCAGGAAACCCUCGGGACAUGCGGAGAUUCCAGGUCGUGGUGUCUACGACAGUCAAUGUGGAUGGCCAUGUCCUGGCUGUCUCAGAUAACAUGUUCGUACACAAUAACUCCAAGCAUGGGCGGAGGGCUCGGAGACUUGACCCCUCGGAAGGUACGCCCUCUUAUCUGGAACAUGCAGCUACCCCCUGUAUCAAAGCCAUCAGUCCAAGUGAAGGAUGGACUACCGGAGGUGCCACAGUGAUCAUCAUAGGAGACAAUUUCUUUGAUGGGUUACAGGUCAUAUUCGGUACCAUGCUGGUCUGGAGUGAGCUGAUUACUCCUCAUGCCAUCCGAGUGCAGACCCCUCCAAGACACAUCCCUGGUGUUGUAGAAGUUACAUUGUCUUACAAAUCCAAACAGUUCUGCAAAGGAACACCCGGAAGAUUCAUCUACACAGCUCUCAAUGAACCCACCAUUGAUUAUGGUUUCCAGAGGUUACAGAAGGUCAUUCCCCGGCACCCCGGUGACCCUGAGCGCUUGCCAAAGGAAGUAAUACUCAAACGAGCUGCUGAUUUAGUGGAGGCUCUCUAUGGUAUGCCCCACAAUAACCAGGAAAUCAUACUGAAGAGGGCAGCUGAUAUUGCAGAGGCUCUGUACAGCGUUCCUCGUAACCACAACCAACUUCCUGCCCUUGCUAACACUUCCGUUCAUGCUGGAAUGAUGGGAGUUAAUUCAUUCAGUGGACAACUGGCAGUGAAUGUCUCAGAAGCUUCACAAGCUACCAAUCAGGGUUUCACUCGAAAUUCAAGCAGCGUAUCACCACAUGGGUACGUGCCUAGCACCACCCCACAGCAGACCAACUAUAACUCUGUCACCACCAGUAUGAAUGGAUAUGGAAAUGCCGGAAUGUCCAACUUAGGCGGAUCCCCCACCUUCCUCAAUGGCUCAGCUGCCAACUCUCCCUAUGCCAUCGUGCCAUCAAGUCCGACCAUGGCCUCCUCUACAAGCCUCCCCUCUAACUGUAGCAGUUCUUCUGGGAUCUUCUCUUUCUCACCAGCCAACAUGGUCUCAGCAGUGAAACAGAAGAGUGCUUUUGCUCCAGUUGUGAGACCACAGACUUCCCCACCUCCCACCUGCACCAGCACCAAUGGGAACAGCCUGCAAGCUAUAUCUGGCAUGAUUGUCCCUCCCAUGUGAAAGAAUUGCCUUGAAGAAUUUUAUUAAUGAAGAGGUUGGAUCCUGCUACAGAGAGAAAUCUGAUACAAGUCCCAGAGUGGAACUUUUAACUCAGGCCUUUUUAAGAGGAGUCACAAUAACUGCAGAUUUUUAAACAAACAAAAUCACCGACCUUGCAAAUACUGAAAUUGGAAGGAAUCUGCAAGUGCAGGGUGUUGGUUAAAGUUGUACAUCCCAAGUAUUUGGGAGAUAUAUUUAUUCUGUGUUGAUAAAAGAAAAUCCACUUUUUUUUUUAAAGCUUAACUCAACAAUCAUUUGUCUUUUAUAAACUGUAAAGCUAUAUAUGAGGGACACUAUAAAUAAGACUCCAUGUUUUAAUUUAUGAUGUUUUUAAAGCUGUGUCAAGGGAGAAUGAAGCAGUGACAUUUACAAAAAGAAAAAGUUUUUUUAAAAAAAGCUUGUAUGGGACAGAAUAGGAAUGCCAGUUAGUUUUCUAGAAGACCAAGGGUCGGCUCUUACGCCUUAAAUGCAUAUCAAGUGGUAGUUUGCUCAUACAAUGCAUUUUCAGUAUCUAACUUAACCUGUCACCCCAUAGGAGUACAAGCUUAUUGAUCUCUUUUUUCUCAUUGUCUUAAGUAAUCAUGUAAAUAAAUGCAACCUGGAAAGUUAAGCGAUUUAAAUGAUCACAUCUUUUUCUUCCACUCCAAAAAUUCAGUGCCUCUAGAUAGAUUGCUGAAACUGCAUAUUGAAACCUGCUGCCAUUGUCUUUUGCUAAUAUAGCAGAAUCUUCUGAAGUCAGUGGCCUCUAGAGAGUUUGGUCUGAUAGUCUGUAUUCGUGUAAAAAUCUCCUUUGAGACUUCAUGGAACAGGGUCCAGGCAUAAGACUCUAGACAACACACUCAUGUGUUUUCAAGCCAAAAUCUAUCCUCUACCCCUCCAUUUAAAAGGAAAAAAAAAAGUAUUGCAAUUGACUCUUCUCAUAGGCCGACUUCGCAUCAUUGCAAGGAACUGACAAGAGGUGCAGUGCAGGAAUUUCACCCGUGUCCCACUCAGAUAGCUCCUGUAUUAGUCGACCCUUACUGUUUGUAACAUAAUAGGUUAAGCAACAGGUUAAGUGCUUUGGAAUAAAUAGUAAAUGGAAAUGUGGAACUGGGAGGGGGGCGGGAGGGGGAUCGAUCAAAGGCUGAAACCUCCAAACCAUAGCUUUUUGUUCUACAGGAAUUUUGCUAUCAUUAUCUGGGAAGUGUUCUUAAAAAUUAAGAGUCAAAGAUGCAGCAAAGUUCUGAGGAUGCAUUUACCUGAUAUUUUUCUUUGCUGUUGUGUUUUUGUAUGUAGUUAUAAAUACUGUAGAUUUUUUGUGAUUUUUUGCCAAAGUUGUUGUUCUAUUUAUACAUUUUAAUGUCUUAAGACAGUUUUUCAAUAUCACAAAAGAUUUUACUGCAUAUUUUGCAAAGAGAGCUCACUACCUUUAGCUUGCACAUACUUGCAAAAUUAAUUAAAAAAAGCUUUCUUUUUUGUUUUAAAGGGGAUUUUGUAAAAUAUCCAUAUAAAUAAUGUAUUUAUCUUUGGAAUUUGUACAUUGCUUUUUCCCUUUCCCUCCCUGCCCCUCAGUUUAUUUUAUUGUGUAUGUUUGCUAUGUGAAAAGUGCUGAUCUGUUUGGUCACCUACAGUUGUAUUAGCUGUUUCAAUGUGAUUUUUGAACACUUCAUUUAUAGUUAUUUUUAGUAUUGUUUUAAACCCUGCUUCCAUUUUUUUAUUUCAACCCAAAAGCCAUUGUCUAUUUUUGUAUUAUUUGUAAGUUAAGAAGUUUUUUCCAAUAUAUGGCAAAAAAAAAGUAGCAUAUUAUUCUUGUAGCAUUUAGUUCUGUAGAUUUAAGAAAAUGUAUCCUUUGCUUUGGAAGCUUAAAAAAAACCUUAAUGCUGUUUUACUCUAUUAAUAUGCAUGGAAUCUCUCCCCUUUGGAGUGACGCAUUUUGUGCAUUAAAUUUGGGGAGAAACUUCAUAGAAAUCAAUGAAAAUACUUUCUUUCUUACGUCUGCUUGUAUAUUUCCUCUGUCUUUCACAUAAAUAUAAACCAGCAGAUUGGAUGCCUUAACAAUGCAAAUCAUAUUCAUUUCACUUGUACAUUGUACUGUGCACCAGAACUGUCAAUCAUCACUAACAUUCUAAGAAAAAAAAAAGAAUUGAAAAGCACAAAAGAACUGUUUUGUUACCUUAAGACAAUGUAACUUUUUACAAGAAAUCAUUUACAACAAUGCUGCAACUGUGCAUGCCCCCGUAUGGAUUUUGCAAUGGUUUCCACUAGACUGUCAGAGUGCGAUUUUUAUGGGGUUUCGGGGGAGGGGAGGGAAUCCACGGUGGGGAAAAUGGGGAGGAAGGCAGGUUUGUUUUUUUUUGUGGUGAGAAAGAAAAAUAAAAUUUUUAAAAAGAACUGGAAAAUGGAAGCCACAUUGACGCUUAGCUUCUCUGUACUCAGAAAGGUUGUCCUAAUUCACUCGGUAAGCUCUGGCCUGGAGAUGUACAUGAUUUAAAGCCAUAUUUUGUCUGGUGAGCCCCUGAGCUGUUUGUGAACCCUCACUCAGUCUAGGCGGGGAGCCCCCUUCGGACAGCAACGACUGCGCCCAUCUGUCAGCCAUGUGCAGUAUGCUUAGACCUUUUCUUCAAAAUCCAAAGAGCCUGUAAGAUGUGUGCACUUGGUGUCUUGUUGCCUCUAUUUAUAGGGAUUGGAUGAUGGGAAGUUCAGGCCCUUUGCCCUGCUCCCAACCACAGAAAACUCCUUUUACAAGGUAAAAGAUUCCCCUUAAAUACAGAAUAUGGCUUUAAGUGGAAAAUAAAGAAAAGACAAUUCUCAUUUCAGUUUGGAAAAAAAGGAGGAAAAAAAAAAGGAAUAAUGCAGUUUCUCAAUGACUGGCUUGCAUAACAGAUGCCCCGGCCUCACAGUUGUACUAGGAUGCAGGUUAAUUAAAACAAGUCAUCUCUAAAUCUACUAACCUUUCACCUUCUUAUCAAAACUUUUUUGAAUAGACACACACUGUACAGUUCUAUUGUUAGAGAAACUAACUACUGUAGAGAUUGUUAUAAUUUUUUUGCAGAAAUUCAAGCUGUAAAAACUUUUCAACUUUCACAAUAUUUAAUUAAAGUUACUUCCUGUCUGUGAUGACA